AUGCUUACCUUAUAUAAAAAUAAUGCCAGCCCACCUGCUCGCGCUACAAUGAUGGUAUUACAUAUUCUUGGAAUUGACUACAAAGAAUAUGAUAUAAAUCCUAUUUUGCGGGAUCAAGAUACUCCAAAAAUGACUAAAAAAAACCCAAUGAGAACAAUACCAUUCAUAGAUGAUAAUGGUUUUUGUUUAGGGGAUAGUCACGCCAUUAUGUUAUAUUUGUUCGAUGUGUACGGAAAGCCAGAACAUUCUUACCUAUAUCCAUCUGAUAAAAGGAAAAGAGCUACAAUAAAUCAAAGGCUAUUUUUCGACACUGGUAUUUUAUUUCCACGUCUCAGGUCUAUUAUGGCACCAACAUAUGGAGGGCGAUUAACGGAAUUAUCAAAGUCAAUGGUAAUUAAUAUAGAAGAUGCAUACAGGAUGCUAGAAGAUUAUUUAUCUGAGACGUUAUAUUUAGCCGAUGACGUCCUCACGUUAGCCGAUAUCAGUGUUAUUACCACUAUAUCUUCACUGCAUGGCUUACAUCCUAUUAACAAUGAAAAGUAUCCAAAAUUAAAACAAUGGUUUGAAAAUAUGUCUAGGCAAGAAUUUUGCAAGAAAAUCAACCAGCCGGGAGCAGAGGAUCAUGUCUCUGGGCUGAAAGCUUUAAUGGAACACAAUAAAGAGAAUCAAAAAUCAAAACUG